UUUAUUUCAUCCAUAAAUGUCAAGGAAGUCAACUUCUGACGAGAAUGGGGAUCCUCUAGAUUCCAAAAAGAAUUUAGGUGGCUUUUUCAACCUCACCACCACAGCCAAGAAUAAGGUCCAGAAAAAGAGAAAGAAGAAGGGGCUUGGAGAGAAGUAUCCAAAGCAUGUUAGCACAACGACACAGCUUUUUGUUGGAUGGACUUCAGCCGUGGUUUCCAAAUCUCUCCUGACUCCUUUGGAGAGAGCGAAAGUUGUCCUCCAAGUUAGCCAUCUUGCUAAUUAUACCGGCUUUACAAAGCCAAAAGGAGCUCUUUCUGUCCUAGGAAGGAUUGUCAAGGAUCAAGGAUUGAUAGCCCUCUACAGAGGAAAUAUGGCAAUGGUCUAUCUGACCACUAGUAAAAUGAUAGCUAGUAUUGGAUUCUACGACAAAUUUAAGAGAAGAUUAAUGCCAGCAGGAGAUAAUAAAUAUAGUGGUGUGAAUAGUGCCUGGAGAAGAGUCGCAGCAGCUAUGUUAUCAGGAUCUAUUACUAUAGCUUUGAGUUAUCCAUUCGAGCUUUUCUUCACAAGAAUCACUGCUGAUAUGAAUGGAAAGGGAGCUAAGAGAUUAUACUCGAAUACUUUUGAUUGUUUUAAUUUGACACAACUUGAGGGAGGAUUUAGAAAUUGAUACAAAGCAUCAUCAGUUGCAAUGGCCAGUAUUAUCCCUUCCACUAUGAUAAUGCUUCCUCUUUAUGAUAUAUUGUCAAAUUCAAAUGCUCAAUCCUCAACAGAACAAGAAGGAAAUACUACUGGAAGUUUAAUUGCCAAGUACAUCAGCCCAAGAUUUCUGACUGGAUUAAUUACAAUGCAACUUCUUUACCCUCUUGAUACUAUUAAGCGCUGCAUGAUGGUCCAUGGCUCCAGGGGAUAUUCCUCACUAGAUGGAGGAUUUUUCGGAACUUUGAGAUCUAUUAAUAAAGCCAAUGGAAUUAGAGGAUUUUAUAAAGGAAUUACUAUUGCAUCUAUUAAAAUGGCUCCAUCAAUCUACAUCCAAUUAGCUCUCUAUGAUUGGCUGAAAAAUCAAUCUCUGUUAAAAGAGAAGGAGCCUUCUCUUGAUAUUAUUGAGCAUACUUUGAAAAUGAGUCAAGGGGAAAGAGAAAAAGUAGAAGCAUAAUAAAUUAGCGCUAAUGUUUGGAUUUAAACACUUCAACCUGUC